UUCCAAGCGCUGGUUUGCUUUCACGAACUCAAAGGACAAUCGCUUCCACUCAUUUGGUGCUAUUCAUCUUCUACCUCUAAUACCUUUUAAUACUUUCUACUACUUGUAAUAGCUCAGGCUGGUCUUGUUGAGCUUACAAUUACUUUACCUUCUUCUUAUACAUAUACUACAUCCUUUCGAAGACCAAUAUACAACUCGAACGUCCUUCCACAAUGCCGAGCAUCAGACAGAUUUUGGGAGCGGUGGCAGUGAGCAUGGUGGCAGUGACAACGGCGCUUCCAGCGUUGCCAAAGAUCAGCCCGCAGAUGCGAAGAGCAUACGAUGCUGGUGUCCUCGCACGAAAGAAUCUCCUCGAGUCAAGGCAGAACCCAGCCACCGGGUUACCAGAUGGAUUGACCGAUGUCGAUAUCCUCGAAUUUGCCCUAACAGCAGAGAACCUCGAGACUGCUUUCUACCAACAAGGCUUCGCCAAGUUCCAAGACUCGGACUUCGCUGCAUUGGGUCUCACAGCAACAGAUAUCACGAACUUGAAGUCGAUUGGAGGAACGGAGCAAACGCACGUCACGACACUCACCAGCGCCAUUGCAGGAGCAGGAACGGCACCCGUCCAGCCAUGCACGUAUAACUUUGGAUUCACCACCGCAGCAGCAAUGGUGGCCACCGCUGGUGUCUUGGAGAACAUUGGUGUCUCAGCAUACCUCGCAGCCGCUCCCCUCGUCAAGACCCCCGCGAUCCUGACCGUCGCCGCCGAAAUCGUCACCGUCGAAGCCAGACAUCAAACCUUCAUCCGCACCGCCUCCAAAGCAGCCGCCAUCCCCUCCGCCUUCGACACCCCCCUCGGCAUCCGCGCCGUCUUCACCCUCGCCGCAGGAUUCAUCUCCUCCUGCCCCUCCGGCUCCAACCUAGCCAUCACGCCCUUCCCCGCCCUCACCAUGACGGCCGGCGCCCCCGCUGCUGCUUCUACGAACGGCACCAUCGCCGCCGGCACCGCGGUCCAGGUCACCACCGCCGCGACGGGCGCCACGAACUGUGCGUUCGUGAACGGUGGACUGCCUGGUGGAGCGGCAUUCACGCAGUUCUCGAAUGGCGCGUGCACGGUUCCGCAGAAUCUGGCGGGCAUCACGUAUUUGCAUCUUACGAGCUCGGCGCCUGCGGAUAAUACGCUGACGGAUGCUAUUACCGUUGCUGGGCCAAUGGUUAUGCAGAUCUCGUAGAUUGCCAGAGCAGAGGGAGGGAGUGAGUGAGGGAGGAAGGAAGGGAUAGAUGGAUGGGUAAAUAUGGGUGGAGUACGGGUGAAUUCUUGGGUCCUCUUGAUGAAGAAUGGGAAAAGACAGACGGUGGUGGAGUGAAUGUUGAAUUUGGCGGUGGGUGAUGGUUGGUGGGUGGAAGGGGAGGUAUUAAAUCUUUAGAAGAGAGGAAUAGGAGCAUUAUUUUACGCUCGACAGCUUACUUUACUUUU